UCAUUUUCAUGCGAUAAUACUAACAAUAUAUAAAGCAUGGCAUCAACGUGUUCUACCAACAGUCCGUGCCACCAUGAAGAUUGUCCUCGCAUUAGCAGCUUUUGUAGCUUUGUGCUCCGGCCAUGCCAUCCCCUCUGUGCCGGGAGACAACAGUGAAUACGUAGAAGGUGAGAGCCGCUACAUCUGGAUGCCGGACGGUGAGGGCAACUCACACCUGGUCGACCUUCAAGAACCCAUCGACGAAGCUCUACUGAAUGCAAGAAAUGGAGCCAACAAUCAAUAUUGGCUUUUCACCAGGUCAAACCAAAACAGCAGGCAAAUCCUUACCAAUGGUAAUAUCAACUCAGUAAGGAACUCUAACUAUGCAUCCAACAAAGCCAUCAAGGUCAUCGUUCAUGGAUGGAAAGACAAUGGAGAUUCUCAUGUCAAUACUGUCAUCAGACAGGCUUUCCUCGCUGUUCAAGAUGUUAACGUCAUCGUAGUGGACUGGCGCAGUCUCGCUGGCUCCAGCUACAACACUGCCGCUAGGGGUGCUCCUGGUAUUGGUCAACAUCUCGGUAACUUCCUCGUGUGGCUCAUCAACAACGCUGGUGGCAACUGGAACAACGUUCACCUGGUUGGUCACAGUUUAGGAGCGCAUAUUGUUGGAAGUGCUGGACGUCAAGCUGGUGGCAGGCCUUCCCGCGUGACGGGUUUGGAUGCCGCUGGUCCAGGCUGGGGUAGUGGUAACAGCAACACAUUAAGCAGGAACGCUGGACGAUACGUGGAAGCUAUCCACACAGAUGGCAACGUUCUCGGUCUCAUGAACGUUAUUGGUGACACUGACUUUUACCCCAACGGUGGUAAACAUCCUCAGCCUGGCUGCUCAAUUCUCAGUAAUUCAUGUUCUCACGCUCGCGUUCUUGACUUAUUCGCCUCUACUAUUCGCCACAACCGGUUUACAGCGAGGAGGUGCAAUAACAUUAGAGAAGCUGAACAGGUUAAUUGUUCAGGAUCUAAUUUGAAUAUGGGCAAUGCUGUUAUCAACAAAUCAGGAAGCGCAAAAGUUAGUGACAUCAUGAAGAUUGUCCUCGCACUAGCAGCUCUCGCAGCAUUGAGCCAUGCUCUCCCCGCGGUGCCUGUAGACAACAGUCACUACGUGGAGGGUGAGAGCCGCUACAUCUGGAUGCCGGAUGGUGAGGGCAACUCACACCUGGUAGACCUUCACGAGCCCGUCGACGAAGCUUUACUGAAUUCCAGAAAUGGAGCCAACAACCAAUACUGGCUUUUUACCAGGUCAAACCAAAACAGCGCACAAAUUCUCGUUAACGGCAAUAUCAACUCAGUAAGGAACUCCAAUUAUGCAUCCAACAAGGGCAUCAAGGUCAUCGUCCACGGAUGGAACAACAACGGAGGUUCACCUGUGAAUGUUGCUAUCAGACAGGCUUUCCUCGCGGUUCAAGACGUUAACGUCAUCGUUGUCGACUGGCGUGGUUUGGCUAGCUCCAGCUACACCUCUGCUGCUGGCGGUGUUCCCAGUGUUGGACAACAUAUCGGAAACUUCCUUGUGUGGCUCAUCAACAACGCUGGAGGCAACUGGAACAACGUUCAUCUAGUCGGUCACAGUUUGGGCGCUCACAUCGUUGGAGUUGCUGGACGUCAAGCCGGUGGCAGGCCUUCCCGCGUGACUGGUUUGGACGCUGCUGGUCCUGGCUGGAGUAGCAACAGCAACGCGUUAAACAGGAAUGCUGGUCGUUACGUCGAAGCCAUCCACACCGACGGCAACAUCCUCGGUCUCAUGAACCCAAUUGCUGACGUCGACUUCUACCCGAACGGUGGCAGACACCCACAACCUGGUUGCCCUGGUGGUAUCAACAGCUCAUGCUCUCACGGACGUGCCUUUGAAUUUUUUGCUUCCACAAUCCGCCACAACCGUUUCACAGGCAGACAAUGCUCUAACCUUAGUCAAGCUCAGAAUGUUAACUGUUCAGGUGGUAACUUGAACAUGGGCAAUGCUCAGAUCAACAAAUCAGGAUCCGGAAUUUACGCUCUCAGAACGGGAAGCUCAUGGCCUUUCUAAACAACCCGAACCGGAACAACCCAACGACGUGACUUUAAAAAGAUUAAACUUGCGAAAUCUA